AUGGACGCGUUCUCUUCGUUCUUCGAUUCUCAAUCAAGAAGCAACUGGAGUUACGAUACUCUCAAGAAUUUCCGCCAGAUCUCUCCUAAUGUUCAGACUCAUCUCAAAAGGGUUUAUUUGACCCUAUGUUGUGCACUGGUUGCCUCUGCUUUUGGGGCUUAUCUUCAUCUCCUUUGGAACAUUGGGGGUUACCUCACGACAUUUGCAUGCUUUGGAACCAUAAUUUGGCUUCUCUCUACCCCUCCUUAUCAAGAGCAAAAGAGGGUUUCUCUUCUGAUGAUGUCGGCAGUGUUUGAAGGGGCUUCAAUUGGUCCUCUGAUUGACUUGGCCAUUCAGAUUGACCCAAGUGUUUUGGUAACUGCAUUUGUGGGAACAGCGUUGGCCUUUGCAUGUUUUUCAGGAGCUGCCAUGUUAGCUCGGCGCAGAGAGUACCUUUACCUUGGUGGCUUGCUAUCAUCUGGCGUUUCAAUGCUUCUGUGGUUGCAUUUUGCCUCCUCUAUCUUUGGUGGUUCAACAGCCUUCUUAAUGUUUGAGAUCUAUUUUGGGCUUUUGGUGUUUGUGGGCUACAUGGUAGUGGACACACAGGACAUAAUCGAGAAGGCACACUUGGGCGAUCUGGACUAUGUGAAGCAUGCCUUGACCCUUUUCACUGAUUUUGUUGCUGUAUUUGUCCGCAUUCUGAUGAUCAUGUUAAAAAAUUCAGCUGAGAAAAGUGAGAAGAAGAAGAAAAAGAGGAGUGACUAAAUCAUAAACCAGUAGCAGGGUUUGUUUGCUCAGCGAACCUGCCUUGGAAAGAUGCAGGAAGUUGUCAAAUCAAAGUUGUUUUUAUGCUUUUUGUAGUAAAUUACCAUGUACGGAAAUGAUAGGUCUUACUGUUUUUGCAUCUGUUGAUGGUUUUUGUUUGGCAAGUUCGUCAAACUAAUGACAUGUUAAUAUUUGUUUUUCUCA